CUGAGCUCAAGUGUUAGUUCUAGAUUCGCCGCUGCUAGCGCUAACAGUCCCAUGUGUGAUGUCCGUGCGUCAUGUCUAACCUCUGUCGAGUUUUCAGUGUUGAUAUUCUCUGCAACAUAUCUUCGUUCACAUCUUGUUUGAGAUACAAAAGCAUAUGUCGCCCUAUGGAUGUGAGUCUUCCGCAAGGUAUCAGGCAUGCUCUGGACACAGCUGGCGAAGAAGACAGCCAAGAGGUGGCGAGGAAGCUGAGGGAAGGAGAGCCUCUGUAUCCCAACAAUGACACUUCCAUCCUCUGGAGAUCCUGCCACCAGGAGGUCCUGGAACCUCUAGCAGGAGUCACCACAGGAAACAUCCCGGAAUGGUUGAACGGCACUCUACUCCGCAACGGUCCUGGCCUUAGCCAGAUUGGAGAGGACAAGUAUCAACAUUGGUUUGAUGGUCCUGCUAUGGUACAAAGGUUUGGAAUUGCAGAUGGUAAAGCUACUUACCAAUGCCGGUUCUUACAGACGAACACCUACCGGAAGAACAUGGCCGCCGGACGUAUCGUCUGCAACGAGUUUGGAACGGGUGUCGCCCCCGACCCGUGUCAAACGAUUUUUCACAGGAUAAUGGCCAUGUUCAACCCUGGGGACAAUUUCUCUGACAAUGCCAUGAUCUCUGUGUAUCCCUUCGGAGAUCAUUUGUAUUGUUAUACAGAAUCUCCAGUAAUUCACAGGGUGGACCCUAACUCUUUGGAAACUCUUGAUAGAGUGGACUUGGCAAAGCACUUGCCCAUCAUGUCACACACUUCACACCCUCACGUCACCCAAGAUGGCUCUGUCUAUAACCAAGUGAUGAAGAUGGCUGCUCUGGGACCUUCAUACUCGAUCGUCAAGUUUCCUGCCUCUCCAGGUAAAGGGUCUAAGGAGAUGUUCGAAGCAGCCGAAGUGGUGGCAAGUGUCAAAGCUCGAUGGCCUCUACACCCCUCCUACAUGCACACCUUCGGUCUGACUGACAACUUCUACGUCAUCGUAGAGCAGCCUCUCACCAUGUCUGUACCAAGCAUGGUGAAGACUCAGAUCAAGGGAGACGAGAAGCUGACGGCCUGCUUCAAGUUCUUUCCGGAUGAACAGGUAAGAGAGUCUAGAAUCGUGAAAAACAGGACCAGUAAAGGGUCUAAGGAGAUGUUCGAAGCAGCCGAAGUGGUGGCAAGUGUCAAAGCUCGAUGGCCUCUACACCCCUCCUACAUGCACACCUUCGGUCUGACUGACAACUUCUACGUCAUCGUAGAGCAGCCUCUCACCAUGUCUGUACCAAGCAUGGUGAAGACUCAGAUCAAGGGAGACGAGAAGCUGACGGCCUGCUUCAAGUUCUUUCCGGAUGAACAGACAUUGUUUCACGUCGUUGACAGAUCAACUGGACACAAUGUCCAGACGUUCUCAUGUGAACCUUUCUUCUUCUUCCAUAUUAUCAACCAGUUUGAACAAGACGGCCAUUUGGUGAUCGACAUCUGCUGUUACAGUGACGGGGAUAUGAUAGACGCUCUCUAUCGUGAUGCAAUGGAGAAUAUGAACCAAAACCCCGACUAUGCCAGAUUGUUCCGGGGAAGACCGCUGAGGUUUGUCCUACCACUAGCACCCCUGGUGGCAGACAAGACAAACCUUGUGAAGCUGAAGGGCUCCAGUGCUGCUGCCUGGUGGGAGAAAGGAACAAUCACUGUUAAACCGGAGCUGUUGUGCGCCAUUGGCUGUGAAAUGCCUAGGAUCAACUACGACCGCCAUCUUGGUCGACCCUAUCGUUACUUCUAUGGGAUCUCUAGUGACGUUGAUGCUGACAACCCUGGAAGCCUGGUAAAGGUAGAUACUGACCGUCGUACUGCCGAGACAUGGAAAGAGAGGGGUGUGUUCCCCAGCGAGCCAGUCUUUGUCUCUUCACCAGACGCUAAGAACGAAGAUGAUGGAGUCCUAAUCUAUUCUCUACUCUGGGGGGAAGGAAAAGAGAACCAGGUUGGGCUGGUGGUGCUGGACGCUGCUACAAUGAAGGAGAUGGGGAGGACUGUCUUCACCACCCCUUCUGCAGUGCCUAAGGAUCUUCACGGAUGGUUUACCCCCAAUAUAUAGGGUGUUCAACCUAUCAACUAUUUGACGGACUGAUGAGUUCAUAAAACUGAGAUUAUAUUGUUCUCAACCGUAACGAAUAACCUAAUAUUGUUAUAUUACGUUGACGUAAAUUUUGCUCAGGGAAUACCUAAUUUGCUUGGAGUAAGCUCAACUGAAUAGUUUUCAAAUGAGUGGGCAAAUGUAGGAUAUAUUAUACUUUACAUGUUAAUUAAAAUGAUACUAUCGCUAUCUUAAGGAAUAUUGUAUUUCUACGUUUAUUAAGAGAUAUUUUUAU